CCUCGGUGGAAUAAAUAUGGACCCCCUCCUCAGGAAUCAAAUCCUAGUUUUUUGGAAGAUGCCGUUGUAGAAGUGGUGGGACUGUGCGCCACUCCCGCCCCUCCUGGCGCUCCGUACGCGGCACCCUGACGCAGUGUGCUCAGCCAGCCCGCAGGCUGUAUAGUCCGCCGCCCUCGGAGCCACAGAAGCCGGACUCUACCACACACGAGCCGGGGAGUCUCCGCAAGACGACGGAAGGCGCCGAAGGAACCCGAAUCAUGACGGCCAUCUUCGGGACGCUGGUGAAAAUUCUUUGGUGCUUUGCUGUUUCUCUUCCUUACACCGUGCGCGCACAAACAGUUCUCCCUCCAGAGUGCGCUCCGGGGGGGCACUCGGUGCUCCAGAACCCGUACCGCAGCAUCACCUUCAGCUCCACCUGGCUGCUGCAGUCGUCCCUGCUGGACUUCGUCUGCGACCACUCGCUGGUCCCUGGAUGGUACCAGUUCCAGAUUUUUGACAAACCGGCCGUCAUGCCCACCCAGUGUGUGGAGGUGAACCACUGCGGGACCCAGGCUCCUGUGUGGCUCUCCCUUGGCAAGGACGAAUCCCUGCCGGGCCCGUUGGAGCUCAGGCAUCUGACGGCGUGUGCCGCGUGGCAGUUCUUCCCGAGCAGCAGCCAGGAAUGCUGCUUGUUCCGCAUCCCAGUGUCUGUCCGUAACUGUGGCCAGUUCUACAUUUACCUGCUGCAGCCCACUCAGGGAUGCAUGGGCUACUGUGCACAGGAAAUACCAGACACGUCGCCCAAAACGUCGCUGACCUGCGACCUUGGGGAGGUGAACACGGGUGGAGCGUGUACAGAAAUUUCUUCUGCGGUGCCAUCAGCCAAGCCGCCCGCCGCUCCGUCCGUGCCGGUCAUCGUGGUCUCCGAGUGGACAGGGGGCGCCGUCCACCUGCAGUGCAGCUUCAACAGCAGCUCCGACAGCUCUCUGGGUCACGUGGUGACCUGGUCCCGCUCCUCUCCUCGCGGCGAGGCCAGGGAGGAGCUCAAGCAAGAGACCACCGUCCGGACGUCAGCCCUUAUCGAGCUGGACGGCUUCAACCUGCGUCUGGGAGACAAGAUUUACUGCUCCGUCUUGGCAUUCUACUUGGACUCUCCAGACCUCCGGAGUUCCUCCGUGGAAAGUCAGGAGUUCUUCGCCGGGAUCCGGCUAACCCCAAACGUGAGCAACGUGGCCGAGGACGGAAAUUUGUACGAGCUGGUGGUUGAGAGCACGAUUCCCAUCCCCUGCCUGGAAGAGUCGUCUUCGGAGCCGUGCAUCAUCUCCUUGCAGCUCAGCACAAACAGCCAAGACGAGGCUCUGCUCGGAGCAGAUGUGUCCCUGUCCUCCUGCACGCUGGAUUUACCCAGCAGCCCCUGCAUGGACGGCGUUUGCGGCCAGGCCGUCGUCCGAUUCUCCGCCAUAACCGACUUCGUCAAAGAUGAUGAGAGGACAUCUCAGAUCUCUGUCAAGCCGAUUGUCACACGUAACUUUGUGUGGAAUGGUUACGUGCCACAACCUGUCCUGAUAAAAGUACAGGAUGUCCCUUCAGCUUACUGUUACGUCUUCACUGAUCCUCAUAUGAUCACAUUUGAUGGCAGGCGCUAUGAGAACUACCAAAUCGGCACCUUCGUGCUCUACAGGAGCUCCCGCUGGCCCUUUGAGGUCCAUGUCCGGCAUUGGGAGUGCGGCAGCGGCGUGGCUCCGACGUCGUGCGCGUGCGGUUUGGUUGCGAAGGACGGGAGCGACAUCAUCGCCUUCGAUAUGUGCGAUGGCGAAAUGGGGGAAACCAAGCCCCGCCUUUCAGUGAAGAACGGAGACCUGAGCAAGAGCGGCGUACGCGUCAGCGAGUCCUACCAAGGACGCAAAGUCACGUUGACCUUUUCAUCAGGAGCAUUUGUACGUGCUGAUGUGGCCGACUGGGGUAUGAGUCUGACUUUGAGAGCCCCUGGUUCAGACCGCGGACACACCACAGGCCUGUGUGGGACUUACGAUGGAGAUCCGGACAACGACUUCCACUCAUUGGCGGGGAGCACAUUGGAGGAUCUGCAGGCGUUCAUCUCUGACUGGAGGCUCCGCCCAGGAAGUAGCAUGUUCGACUCCAAGCCUACGUCAUCUCCCAGCAUGCUUAGCCCGCUUAAGUUCUGCAACUGUCAAACGGAAACUAGCCAGGGAAGUCGCCGUCCCCCAGUCACCUGCUCUCGCCACGGCAAUGUGCAGCUCUCCGGCGUCAUCCCCUCGCUUGACGUCACAGCCGAGUACAUCAGCUCGUUGGAGUUGCUCACCGGGGAGGAAGAUGGUGGACAAGUGCUGCAUCCUGGCCUCCUCACCCCCAACGAGCAGCAUGGAAGUGCCGCCGCCCGGAACAAGAGACAGACCCAGCAGUACGUCCCCAACUCCUCCCACCAAAGCCUCCGCCAGUCUGACCUGGAGAGCUUUGCUUACUUCUUCCCAGAAGACCACGAAGCGACGUCUCAUAUAGACCUAGCCCCGGCGUGGCCGACGCCCUCCGGGCUGACCGAGCGUCAGGCCCGGGCUGAGUGCCGGGACGCCGUGGUCAACUCCAGCGUCGCUCAGAACUGCGGACGUCUCCUCCACAACUUCAUGGUUACCGCUGCGGUGGACAUGUGCGUCAGCGACAUCCAGCGGAAAGACGAGCUCUCGUGGCUCAACGCGACGUUACCGCUGCUGGAGAACGAGUGCGAGAGGCGGCUGGCAGAGGAGGGCACGAGGACGUCAGACCACCAGGACAUGGUGGCCAUCCUCAAGUGUCCCAGUCUGUGCAACGGUAACGGACAGUGCUCUGAGUGGGGCUGCAUCUGCUUCCCUGGGUUCGGGUCCUACGACUGCAGCGUGUUGUCGGACCAGAUCCCGGAGAUCACAGAGUUGGAGUCGGGGGGUCUUUGUGACGUCCGACAGGGCGACUGCUCCACGGUCCACGUCUACGGUCAAGGUUUUAAGGAGUCCCACAAGCUCAAGUGUGAGUUUGUAAAAGAAAAGUUGGUGGGAAGCGAGCGGCUUCUGGACGAGCCUCAGUUCGUCCCCGCCACCUUUGUGGAUGGGACGGCUAUGGCGUGCCAGCUCCCCCCGGAGGUCAACCAAGCUCCAGCAGGCGUGGACGUGAUGAUAUCAACAAACGGACCAUUGGCCCGCUGGCAAAUCAAAGUGUCCAACGACGGCUACAGCUACAGCAACGCUAAAAUACUGACUCUGUUUGACGGAAACUGUCAGGUCUGCGUCCUCCACCCUGAGGUCCUCUGUAGCCUGCGGGAGAAAACAUGCAACAUCGACGGCUUCUGUUACAGCGAGGAUGAGUCGCAUCCCGGAAGUCCUUGCCUGACGUGUCGCCCUGCCUCCUCCCAACACACUUGGACAAUGGCGGCUCAAAAUGAGUGCCCCGUGUUGGAGUCGUUGCCUCCUCGCCUGUGGUCCUUCCAGGGGGAGGUCUUCAUCUACCAGUUGCAGGCUCGGGACCCCGAGGGCUCGGCGGUGGUAUUCACUUUGAAAUCGGCUCCAGAGGACGCGACAUUGUCUCCUGCUGGCCUGAUCAUCUGGAAGGUCAGGGCUCAGCCGGGUGACACGUACACGUUCAACUUUACUGUGAUGGACGACUGCAAUGCGGAGACAUUGGCCUCCGUGCAGGUGUCGGUGCGGCCCUGCGAAUGUGCGAACGGCGCCUCCUGCAUGACAAACGUCAACCUCCCCGCCGGCAGUGGCCAGUACGUGUGCGCUUGCCCCGACGGGUUCAAAGGUCAAAGGUGCGAGGUGGACAUUGACGACUGUAAGCCCAACCCCUGCAGGCUGGGGCGAUGUUUGGACGGCCCCAACUCCUUCACAUGUAUCUGCCCUCCUGGAAUGAAGGGUGUCACCUGCAGAGAGGACAUGGACGAGUGCGUCUCCCAGCCGUGUUUUCCAGGAGUGGACUGCAGCAACACGCUGGGCUCCUUCUCGUGCGGAGUCUGCCCACUUGGCUUCAGCGGCGACGGGAGGAUCUGUACUCCCCUCAAGGCAGCGACAACCACAGAAAGGAGAGCGCUGCCCGAAGCCCCUCCCCCCUCCCCCUGCACCCAUAGGCCGUGCCACCUGGGGGUUCAGUGCUUUGAAACCCGCCACGUGUCGGCGGGCUUCGUCUGUGGACCCUGUCCUCCUGGUCUCCAUGGAAACGGGCUAAGCUGCGCGUCAACGGGUCGUAGUACGACCGUUCUAAAUUCAAGUAAGGAAAUGACCCCCACGUCCGCCUCCUCAUCAUCCUCGUCGUCCCCCGCAUUACCCAGAAGACCCGCCGACAGGACGAGGAGACCAGGCGCCACCAUGAACGCCCGCAGGCUUUCUUCCUCGGAGAGAAGCCCCGAAUCCCCUCAGACUCUGUCCGCCACCGGAGUGUCCGGCCCCACCUUCAACCGCGGCGGUGUGGUGCCGACCCCCGACCUCACCACCGGGGGGUCACGCCAUUUGACCUGCGACGACUCUCCCUGCUUCCCGGGGGUCCAAUGUGAGCAAGUUGGCCCAGCAUCUUUCAGCUGCGCACGCUGUCCGCGUGGUUACACUGGCAACGGGGUCACAUGCAAAGCUGUGUGCAGGUUUCCAUGCGGGAGCAACAUGCAGUGCAUGCAGCCUAACACGUGCACGUGCAAGGAGGGAUACACCGGCUAUAACUGCCACAUUGCCGUGUGCCGACCUGACUGCAAGAACCAGGGAAGAUGCGUGAGACCCAACGUGUGUGAAUGUCUGUUGGGCUACGGCGGGCCAACCUGCGAGGAAGCAAGCUGCGAGCCACCAUGCCAGCACGGAGGCACAUGUCUGGCCAGGAACCUGUGCACCUGCCCCUACGGUUACGUGGGACCGAGAUGUGAAAUCAUGGUGUGUAACAGGCACUGUGAAAAUGGCGGCGAGUGCGUUUCUCCCGAUGUGUGCAAAUGCAAGCCAGGCUGGAACGGACCAACGUGCAAUUCGGCGGAGUGUCAUCCAGUUUGCCUGAACGGGGGCACGUGCGUGAAACCAAACGUCUGCGUGUGCCCCGGCGGCUUCUACGGCUCUCAGUGCCAGAUUGCCGUGUGCAGCCCAACCUGCAAGAACGGGGGUCACUGCAUGAGGAACAACGUGUGUUCCUGUCCUGAAGGCUACACGGGGACAAGAUGUCAGAAAAGUGUGUGCGAGCCUGCGUGCAUGAACAAAGGCAAGUGUGUGGGCGCCAACACGUGCUCCUGCACAUCGGGAUGGACGGGCAGGCGUUGUCACAUACCCGUCUGCCUGCAAAAGUGCAAAAACGGCGGCGAGUGCGUGGGGCCCAACACCUGCAACUGCCCGGCCGGGUGGGAAGGUCUGCAGUGUCAAACAGCCGUGUGCAGACAGCGCUGCCUCAACGGGGGGAGGUGCGUGCUGCCCGACUACUGCCACUGUCGGAGAGGCUACAAGGGGCUCACCUGCGCCGUCCAGGUGGGUGCUCGGCUCACACUUCCUUAUACCUGACAUUGGGAGCUAGUUGCAUACUUGCCAACCUUGAGACCUCCGAUUUCAGGAGGUGGGGGGUUUGUUUGGGGGUGUGGUUAAGAGGGGAGUAGUAUAUUUACAGCUGUUGAGUGUGCAGUUGUGCACUGCACUUUCAAAAGUAGAUGUUAUUGUCACAAAUGCAUGCUUGAUUGAUUGAAACUUUUAUUAGUAGAUUGCACAGUACAGUACGUAUUCCGUACAAUUGACCACUAAAGGGUAACACCGCAAUAAGUUUUUCAACUUGUUUAAGUCGGGGUCCACAUUAAUCAAUUCAUGGUACACAUAUAUACUAUCAGCAUAAUACAGUCACCACACAAGUUAAUCAUCAAAGUAUAUACAUUGAAUUAUUUACAAUCCGGGGGGUGGGAUGAGGAGCUUUGGUUGAUAUCAGUACUUCAGUCAUCAACAAUUGCAUCAACAGAGAAAUGGACAUUGGUGUGACUUAGUAGGAUAUGUACAGCCAGCAGAAAACAUAGUGAGUUCAGAUAGCAUAAGAACAAAUAUAUACAUUGGAAAUACAUUUGAUUAUUUACAUUAGGUUAUUUACAAUCCGGGGAGAUGGGAUGUGAAUGUAGGAGGUGUUGUGCUGGUGCAUGUACAGUAGAUGGCAGUAUUGUCUUGUUUAAGAGUGUCACAUGCUGUUUACGGCAGACGAACUGCCUUACGAUAGUGUUAGACGUAAACGUGACUGCUGUUGUUGUGUGUUGUUACUGCGCUGGGAGGACGUUAAUGAAACUGCCCAACAAUAAACCCACAUAAGAAACCAAGAACUCGCCCUCGAUCAUUCUACAGUUAUAACGUCAACGGGCAGACACGCUUUCAGACACGUCACUCAGGUCCUCAUGGAGGUAGGGGGGGCGUGGCCUCCAGCCCCGCCUGAAUUUCAGGAGAUUUUCGGGAGAGGCGCUGAAUUUCGGGAGUCUCCCGGAAAAUCCGUGAGGGUUGGAAAGUAUGGCUAGUUGUAUCCUACAGGUGGUGUGCAAGGUUACAUAAAAUGCAAUAUUUACGCAUUUUCUCUCAUUUUAAACGUACGGGGUCGUAUUAAUUUCUCAGACGCAUCACAGCAUUCCACUGUCCUUCAAGAAAAACUUAA